AUGGAGCCUCACAAUAUACCUGCGGAUACGUCACCACCAUCAACAACCCCCUUUAGAGAAAGCGAUUCGGUGCAUCAUGAGGCGGGAACACCACGAACUUCCCAAUCCGUGUGGUCUCAGGGUAAUGAUGCGUCUGCUCAUUUGAAAAUGCAAAAUGAGUACCGCAUCAAGGUCAAACAGCGUCAACAAAUUCUGGAUAGAAUCAACAUCGAACGCAUACUUCCGCAUCUUAGCAGUAUUUCCGUGCACGAGCUCGAGGCAAAAUUAUCGGUACUGGAACGUCAGUACGUAUCAUUUCACCAUCUACAAUCAGAAUUGGAGCUAAUGAACGAUGAAGAACUCAAUCAACCACAUCGGUAUACAUUCGAUGAAUCCUUUUGUGCAGCGAAGGCAAUAAUAGUGCAGCGCAUAAAUGUGCUUAACCCCGCACGCCGAGAAAAUAUAUUCAACAGCACAGCGAUUGCAUCUCCGUCACAUCGAGUCAACCUUCCGAAACUUCAACUCACGAAAUUCAAUGGUCAUCAUCGAAAUUGGAUGGAUUUUUACAACAUGUUUUUAGCGCUCGUUCACAACAACAGCCAAUUAGCAAACAUCGAGAAGUUUCAGUACCUCCGAUCAUGUCUCGUCGACUCAGCAGCUAGCCUCAUACAAUCGUUUGAGGUGACCGAUGAAAAUUAUAUCAAGGCGUUGGAUCUGUUACGGUCUAGAUAUGGAAACAAGCGGCUAAUUUUCCAAGCUCAUAUCCAACAUAUUUUCGAAGUACAGGGAGAAACAAGGCCGAAUGCAUCAUCUAUGAGGGCGUUCAUAGACGUCGUCAAUACCAAUUUACGAGCUGUGCAAUCACUAGCUUCAAAUCAGCAAGUGUCAGAUGGCAUACUCUUGCAUCUGGUAUCCUCAAAGCUCAAUACAGACACGAAGGCCAAGUGGGAGGAAGAGGUUACCCACUUGUUUGAUCAGCGAUCAAAUGCCAUGAGUUUUCAUCUGCCCACUUGGGAGGACUUAGCAAAAUUCUUAGAACGUCGUUGUCAAAUUGCAGAUAUUUUGGAAGCCGGGCAGCCUAAAACACUCAUACCAAGAAUUCAGCUAACAAGACAUAGGCACAACAAACGUGACGAAAAAUGGGCUAUGGUGACUACCAAACAAGCAAAGUGUGAAUUUUGCAAUGCGGUUCCCCAUUAUAAUGCCUUCAAAUGCGACACGUUCCGUGCAAUGGAUCCACUUGCAAGAUAUAACUGUGUGAAAAGACUGAACUUGUGCUUGAAUUGCCUUGGAUCAGGUCAUAAAUCGAAUGAUUGUCCUUCAGUCCAUCGCUGUAAACACUGCAAUGUAAAACAUCAUACACUAGUACAUCGAAAUGAUUCAGCCAUUACCAACAUAUCAUCAUCUGCUCUUAAGGUGAGUCUCGAUCAAUCAGUGGAAUAG